AUGACUGUGCCCAUCACCACAAUACCGCCCGCCUCUCUCGUCAACCUCGGCGCUCACGUCCGCGACCUCUACAAGCAACACUUUGCACACGAGCUCGCCGCAGGCACCGUCAGGCCGCUGGUUAUCCCCUACUCAGUCCUCGGCGCCUUCAUCCUGCCCGUGCUGUACUUUUCGGUGCCCCAUGUGAACAGGCCGUGGCUGUUCCGGGCGCGAUGGCUCGUCAUGCUCUUCAUCGUGGCCUUCAACCUCUCCGAGACGGCGGGCCGCUCGAGCGCCAACUUUGCGGUGGGGUAUUUGGUUGGGCUCCUGCAGGCCUGGGGGAUCCUCUGGAGCGCUACGCUGCUCAUAUGGAUGCGUCCGCAGUUUGAGGCGGAGAGGGUGGAGAAGAGGAGGAGGAAGAGGAGGAGGGGGGAAGAGGGUGUUGAGGAGUUGGUGGUGAGGCAGGAGUCUGCCAUGACUAAGAAGAGCAACAAAGAGAAUAGGCAGGCCAUGGACGCCCCUGAUGAGGAUAUCGCGAGGAGCCUUGCUGAAGGGUACGAGUACUACUGGCAGGCCUAUCCAGCGGAUGGGUCCUUUUUGACGCGCUUCGAAUGGUCAUGGGACCUCGUCACGUCGUUUCGUGGGACCGGAUGGAAUUGGUGCAUACCCAUCCUCCCACGCUUCGCAAAACCCGAGAAGCCUCUCUGCGGCUCCCUUGUCGACCUCACAUCGCUCCCCCUCCGUACUCGCCAGGGUUACCGCCGAUAUACCAGCAGCAGAGAGUGGCUCCGCCUCCGACUCAUACCGAUGAUCCUUUCCUACCUGGCCCUCGAUGCCCUGAGCGUUCUCAUGAUGAAGGACCCUUACUUCAUCUUUGGCCCAGAUUUUGAAGCCAUAACCAUCACCACCAGCACCACCUCGUCUUCCUCCCUCCACCACCGCCUCACCCUGCCACCCAUCCUCGCCGCGCUGCCCUCCCCCAUCCUCUUCCUCUACCGUGCCCUCCUCUGCUUACCCGCCAUCCUCAUCACCAUCGACCUUAUCAUGACUUCCUACCAGCUCCUCUCGCACUUCGUCCUCGCCCCGCUCCUCGGCACCCGCGCCGAGCUGUGGCACUACCCCUGCGUCUACGGCAGCUUCACCCCCUGCGUCCUCGACAAAGGCAUGGCCGGCUUCUGGGGCGGCUGGUGGCACCAGACCUUCCGCGCCGCCUUCAGCGCCCCGGGCCUCUGGCUGAGCCGCCACGGCUACAUCGGCGACCCCCGCUCCGACGCCACGGGGAGGGCCCUCGCCGGCCUCCUCGCCUUUGCCCAGAGCGGCUUCCUGCACGCCCUGGGCAGCAUCACCUGUCUCCCGCCCAGCCAGCCCUGGGCGCCCCCGCUGUUCUUCCUGCUGUGCUGGGCCGGCACCCUGGUCCAGGCCGCCGCCUCCGCCGCGCUGGGGAACUGGAUGACAACGACGACGACACGGCCGCGCUGGGUACGACGGGCGGGUCACUUCAUGUUCGUGCUGGCCUGGCUUGGUUGUGCCCAGUUUCUCUUCUGCGAUGACCUGGCGCGCGCGGGCGUGUGGAUGCUGGAGCCGGUGGCGGCCAGUCCCUUGCGGGCUCUUGGUCUGGGCCGGCCUGGGGAUAGCUGGUGGCGGUGGGACUCGACGUAUCGGCCGAGAUGGGUGGUUGGGGAGAAGUGGUGGGAGAGUGGAAUUGCCGUGUGA